AUGCACAAUAUACGUGCUAUAAUGACUGACAAAACGAUAAAAACAUUAAAACAUGGAUUAGAAGGUCAAGUUGAAAAAUCUGAAAGUUAUAAAAGCAAAGAUCAAGAAGAGAUACAGAUGCAACCAGUAUAUGAGUGGGAAGUGCAUAAUGUAAAUGUAACGGAAAAAUUUCAUCAAUAUCAGCAAGAGGUCCUUAAAACACUUAAGACAACUGGAUUGACAUGGAAUAAUACAUAUGAAGUCUAUGAUAAUUCAAACAACCCAUAUACAAUCAAUGAGCCAGUAGUACCAGUUCCAGUAUCUAAUGCUUUACAUGAGGCUGUAAUAAAGCAUUCUUCAGGCCAGGACAGUUACAUGCAUCCAGAUGAAACUCCAUUAAGCAGAACAUCUUCACAACCCUUCAAUGGGUUACGAGCGACUAUACCUGAUCUUGCACCACAAAGAACGUCAGAGCAAGAACAUUGCAUUCAAUUUCUACCUGAUUUUUCUUGCGUUGUGGAUGAUGGUGUCCCUUUAUUGGUCUCUGAAAUUAAACCAUUUGGGUGUGGUCCUCUAAAAAGGAAAAAAGAUAUUGUAAGAGUUCAUUUGCGAGCAAGAAAAGCAAUUAAUCAGCAAUUGUCUUUGAAAAGUGAUAAUAAUAUGUUUGCACCAGGUCAAUUUAUAUGUUUUGUAAUCUUACCACCUUUACCAAGUUCUGCUUAUAAUAAUAAUCAUUAUGGUGUUGGUGAACAAAUAGAAUUUUGA